AUGAAUGAAAAUGAGAGGUUGAAAAAUAUUUUAGAUGAAAAGGAGGAAGUGUUGGAGGCCAAGGAGGAAGAAGAUUCACUUGUGGAAAACAAGCCAAAGGAGUUCCAAAAUAUUUCGAAGAAAAAUUUGGAAGUCUUAAAAUUUCUGAAUAAACAAGAAUUGAUGUUAUUAAUUGAUAAACUGGACCAUGAAGAUAAGCUCAGCGGAAUAAUAGAGAAGGAAAUUAAGCAGGACACUUUGGAAAUUCUGAAAAAUUACGAAAAUGAGCAGUAUGACACGAUAAAUCUGGAGGAGAAGGAUCUAAAGGAAGAUAAGGAGGAAAAAGAAAAGGAAGAAGAACAAGAAGAGAAUGAGUACCUCAGGUUGAGCAAAUUCAUUCCAUUAAGGCUGACGUACGAGGAGAGACUGUACCUUAGGCUUCUGGAAAGUACCUUAGAAGUAAGCGAAUACACAGACAAAAUAGACGUAUUUCACAGUGGAAAUAAAAGCAAGAAAAUUAUAAAGGAAAUUAAAACAUUAUGUUCUAUACUUUCCGGAUUGGUUAUUGCAAAUAAUUAUGAAAAUGGGCAGAGGUUAAUUCGAGAUAGAGAUUUCCUAAGGAACAGUAAUUUCUUCAGUAUUGUUUUCGAAAUAGGAAGGCGCUAUAAAAUUUUGAACCCAGACAGAAUGAGAAGUAGCUAUGGGAAGUUAAUGUACUUUUUAAUGGAUACUCGAAGAGAAGAAAUCUAUGAUUUGUUGUCAUUUAAUUGUGUAGCACCAAUAAAAACUGUCUAUGAUUUAUUGAAAGGAAAAAAGAAUGGACUGGAUAUUUUAAAUGAUAAUUUAAUUAAAAUUGCAACCAUGCAUAUAGACGCAAAGGGUAGCAGAAGUGAAAUACAGAAACAAAUAAAACAGAAGGAAGAAGCAAUAAAAUAUUUGUCAAGAAAGUACGCUAGCAAUAGUAGCAAAAAUUGUAAAAAAAAUAUAUUUAGAAUUAAUAUUCCUAUUUUUAAUAAUCAAAAUAAUGAAGAUGAUGAUUCGAAUAAUACAGAAGAAUUGGAAUGUUUGUCUUCAGAAGAAAUUGAAAGAUGCCUCUACAGUUUAUCUGAUUAUAAUACACAUAUAAAAAUGUUCUGCGAGCCUUGCGAAAUUAUGAUUGAUUAUUUAAAAACUUUUUAUGAUCCGUAUGAGAAAAAUUCUUCAUAUUCUUUGUCCAUCGAAUCAGGAAAACAAGGAAGUAGAUUAACGCACUCGCAUAAUAGGCAAUACAUGUACGUUUUACAAACCUUAUAUUUGUGGAAGGAAAUAGGGGAGCAUAUGUUUUUCUUGUGGGCCUGCGCAGAAAAUGAUAUGCUCGAUUUUAAGAACCCCUACCGAUUGGUGGAUACAGGGCAGGGACUAAACCGCAUGCAGAGUGGCCACAAAGUGCUCAGUGUUAUGAAGAAAAUUUUGCACAACGUUCAGAAGAAAUUGGGAGGGUGGGUUGGCUCCAGCAUGAUUCACAUGGGCGACACUAACAUACCCAACACGUUUAUGUUUAUCGACAAGUACACACAGGUCCCAAGGAUACUAACGCCAAUCGUCCUUUGCUUGCAGAAAAUCGAUGAGCUCUAUAACUCAACAGCCUCCAUGAAAAAUUACAUCAAGACGGAAUUCAACGGUGCCCAAAAUUUGAAAAUGAUGAUCACCUGCGAUUUCUUUCGCCACGGCUUCGACGGCAGUGGUGGUGAUAAUUUCAACGAAGCAGGAAGUUGCAUUGACGGAAGGUUAACCUCCGCCUGGAAUUGGUGUUCCAAAAUUGAAAAGAAAAAAUAUUUUCCCAUAUUCUUGUUAACCGGAUUUGUUGGUUUCGAUGGAUCAUUUUAG